GACCAAACACAUUUGUUUAGCAAGAAUCAACCAUCUAGGACUGGCUGGUAGGGUUAAAAUGGUAAGCCCAUUAGUUUUGCUGCAGGAUUUCUUCUAUUAAAGUCAAGACAGAGACACAGGGAGAGGGAGAGAGGGAGAGGCAGAGGCAGAGGGAGACCCUCAUAUUCGAUACGAGAAGAAGCUCAAAAGGAAGGAAGGUAUCCCUCUAGUCGUCUGAUGGAAGAGCAAACUUCUCAUAGUGGGCAGAUUAUUGAAAUCAGUGUAGAUAUCCCUACUGGAGAGGGGAGCACAGGUGGGAGUAAGUUUUGUGGGGAAGCAGCUUGUGGAUUCUCUGAUACUGAAUCCUACUCUAAGGAUGCUAAAGAGCGAUCAGCUUCGAUGCGCAAGCUUUUAAUGGCAGUGACACUGUGCGUUAUCUUCAUGAGUGUUGAAGUAGCUGGUGGCAUCAAAGCCAAUAGUCUAGCAAUAUUGACUGAUGCAGCACAUUUGCUUUCAGAUGUUGCAUCUUUUGCCAUCUCCUUGCUCUCCUUAUGGGCUGCUGGCUGGGAAGCCACCCCCCGGCAGUCCUACGGAUUUUUUAGGGUUGAGAUUCUUGGUGCUUUGGUUUCUAUCCAACUCAUAUGGUUGCUUGCAGGGAUUUUGGUAUAUGAAGCCAUUCUUAGACUUAUUCAUGACACAGGUGAGGUGAAUGGCCUUUUAAUGUUCAUUGUUGCUACAUUUGGUCUAGUGGUUAAUAUCGUCAUGGUUCUGUUAUUGGGCCAUGAUCAUGGCCAUGGACAUGGACAUGAUGACCAUGGUCAUGGUAUUAGCCACAGCCACGGAGUGACAAUUUCUGCUCAUCAUCAUCAUCAUCAUGAGGAACACCCAGAAGAUGAGCAUUGCCAUGGUCAUGAGGAUCCUGCAGACCAUCAUGGUCAUGAAGAUCAUGAAGAUCCCGCAGACCAUCAAGGUCACGAAGAUCCUGCAGACCAUCAAGGUCAUGAAGAUCCUGAAGACCAUCAUGGACAUGAAGAUCAUGCACACCAUGAUGGAAAUCCUGCUGAACCACUGCUGGAUAAACCAAAAAAUGGACAUGAACAGAAGAAGAGGAAUAUAAAUGUACAGGGAGCGUAUCUCCAUGUACUUGGGGACUCCAUCCAGAGUAUUGGGGUAAUGAUUGGAGGAGCAAUCAUAUGGUAUAAGCCCGAGUGGAAAAUAGUUGAUGUGAUUUGCACCCUAAUUUUUUCUGUUAUCGUUUUAGGGACUACUAUCAAAAUGAUCCGGAACAUACUUGAUGUCCUGAUGGAGAGCACACCAAGAGAGAUCGAUGCAACAAAGCUCGAAAGGGGGCUAGUAGAAAUGGAUGAAGUGGUGGCCAUUCAUGAGCUGCAUAUAUGGGCUAUCACGGUGGGGAAGGUCCUGUUGGCUUGUCAUGUCAAAAUCAGGCCAGAAGCAAAUGCAGACUUGGUGCUGGACAAUGUGGUAAAUUACAUCAGAAGGGAGUAUAACAUAAGUCAUGUAACCGUACAGAUAGAGCGUUAGUGGGUUCUUCACCUGGAAAAUGAUUAUAGGGGGAAGAUUUACAUGUAUCUGUGUCUCACAAUUCCAGAAGUCCCCAUUUAUUUCAUCAUAUGGCUGCAUAUGCUCUUCCUAGUAGCAGACUUUACAGUCUUCUUAUAUGUAGUUCUUCAGGUUUUGCGCACUCCAAUUGAAUUUUUAGCAGCAGAUUGGUAUC